AGACUGUGCUUGGGAACAUCUUCGUUGUCCAGCUUGGAGACCUGCUGCACUUCCAUCAACCUGCCUGGGCUGCUGGCCAGCUUCCUGACUGGGGACAGGACCACCUUUGCUCACGACUGUAUGGCUCAGCUCUACUUCUUCGGAUCUCUUGUGGUCUCCGAGUGCUACCUGCUGGCCACUGUGUCCUGAAGUCAGUACCUGGCCGUCAUGUGUCACCCCGUGUUCUACACAAACAUGGUGAACUGGAAGGUGUUUUUCCAGCUGGCAGCUAAACCUGAACAAAACCUUCUCCUUUUCUACGCCAUCCUCACACCCUUGGUCAACCUGGUGGUCUACAGCCUGAGGAACAGAGAGGUCAAGCAAACCUCGAGAAAAGCUGUCAGGAAAGCUGUGGGCUGCGCUGAGAAUGCACAGUAG